AUGUACUGGGGCAAAGCAUCGCGUUUGUCACAGGUUGCAGAUGUGAUGUCACGUGACAGGUGGGUUGAACUGAAAAGUAAUCUUCACUUCAACGACAAUGGAAAUAUGCUUGCUCCAGAUGACGUUCAGAGAGAUAAAUUGUUCAAAAUACGUCCGUUGAUUGACUCUCUCUUGCCAAAGUUACAUUCACUGGAAGUUGACCAUAAGUUGUCAGUGGAUGAACAAAUUAUCCCAUUCAAGGGACAGUCGGGAAUGAAACAGUACAUUCCGAGCAAGCCCUACAAAUGGGGCUAUAAAGUGUUUAUGCUGUGUGAUGUGACUGGAAUUGUGCAUAAUUUCAUAAUAUACACUGGAAAGAUUCAGGCAGCAUCCAAUCAAGCAAACAUUGGUGCCAGUGGCAACAUUGUGCUUCAGCUGGUCGAGGUCUUGCCGCAAGAGAAGCAGUACCUGUUGUUUUUUGACAAUUGGUUUACGUCACUGAAGUUGCUGUCAGCCCUAGCUAAUAGGAACAUAUUAGCAGUUGGGACAGUUCGUGCGAAUCGUCUUCAGAAUUGCAAGAUGAUUGCUGAUGCAACUCUGAAGAAGAAAGGGCGUGGCUCAUUUGAAGAAAGAGAGGGUGUGGUCAAUGGUGUCGAAGUUCGAGUUGUCAAGUGGUUUGACAACAAGUCUGUAACACUAGCCAGUACAUUUGCUAGUGCAGAACCAGUGUCAACUGCGAGGCGGUGGGAUCGUACUACAAAGCAGCAUAUUGACGUGCCACGCCCAGAAAUCAUACAGAUCUACAACAAGUUCAUGGGAGGAGUUGAUACCCUGGAUGCCAUCAUGGCGAGGUAUCGGAUCCACUUGAAAUCAAAGAAAUAUUACCACCGCUUUUUUUUCCAUUUUGUGGACUUGGCAGUGGCAACUGGCUGGUUACUGUAUCGCCGGGAUUGUCGUGAUAUGGGAGUUGAUAAGCGUCAGCAGAAGGAUCUUAUGGCCUUCAAGCUUGAAAUAGCUGAUGCUCUUUGUCGUGAAGGCAAAGACAUGACAGCAAAGAAGCGUGGCAGACCAUCAACCAGUAUGGAGGCAGAGCUGCAGCGCAAGAAGAAGAGGGGACCUGCUAAGCCUGUGCCAACUCAGGAUGUUCGCACAGACUCUGUUGGUCACUGGCCGGCACAUGGUGUGAGGCAGAGGUGCAAGCGUCCAGGGUGCAAAGGACAAACUGUUUUUGUAUGCACUAAGUGCAAUGCAAAUCUUUGCCUUUCAAAGAAGAGUAACUGUUUUCGCCAGUUUCACGAAUAA